UAACAUCCGCCUAAACACUAAACGUAGCCAUUUUCUUUUUUUAGGAACAGAAUUAGCUAGCUAACUCAAUCUCUCAGUACAAACCUGCAAAUGUAACUAGCUCGAUCAAUAUCAUUACACCAAAAACAUUGUAUUUUUUAUUUUACUUGAACUCGAGGAAGAGUGUGGAAAUGCUGCGACUGUAGGAGAGGAGGAGGAGGAGGAGUGCGAACAGUCAGUCAGUGGACCGGUAUGCACUAUGACAGAAGGGUGGGUCGGGGAGACUGCAACAGCUCCUCCGACCACGACUACCGCUACAUGGACUACCGUGGCUACGGACAGGAAGAGGAGGAGCCGGGGACAGGAUAUGACUUCAGAGCUGCCUCCGGCCACAGGGACCAAGCCGACCAACUGGCGUGCGUCCGGGAGUUCGCGACCCCGGGCCUUCUCCACGACAACCGGCCGGGGUUCCGUCAGAGGCGUGGGGGGAGAGGGGAGGGGGGCGGUCCGGGUCGUGUGGGUAAAGGGUUACUAUCAUCCUGCCCCCCUCGAUCCCUGGUCCAGCCAGAGGUAGCCCUGCCCAGGCUACAGAGAGAGGAGAGCGAAGGAGAGCAAUACAGGAGAGACUUCCAGAGCUUCAGGCCUGGGUCCGAGGCCGGGGGAAGAGGGGGAUACCCAGAUAACCACACCUCUCACCCAGGGGAGAGAGAGAGAGAGGGAGACUGGGGGAGGAUGGAAGGUGGAGGACAGGAGGAUUACAACACCGUGAUAAGAGGACCAGGGGAGGAGAAGAGGUUCCCCAGAGGAGGAGGACUAGGGAAGAGAAAGGGUUUCUCCAUGGGUUGUCCCGGUGAGGACCGUGGGGGUCCAGAUCCCAGCUCAUCCUCCUCUUCCUGUAUAGAGCACCCGGUUCAGAUGGACUACAGACCAGACCUCCUGGACUUCAACCAGAGACCUUCCAACAUCAUCAUGUUACGCAUGCUGCCACCCAAUGCUACUGCCAACGAGAUCCGUGCCCAGCUUCAGGACCAGGGGAUUGACACAACAGAGGUUAUGAUUCGCCUGAUGACAAACAAGUCUUCAGGUCAGAGCCGUGGAUUCGCCUUCGUGGAGUUUAAUCACAUACAGGAGGCCUGCCGCUGGAUGGAGACCAAUCAGAUGGUUCUGUCUGUCCUAGACCAGAGGGUGUCUAUGCACUACAGUGAACCUAAACCACGGGCCAACGAGGACUGGCUCUGUAACAAGUGUGGGGUUCAGAACUUCAAGAGGAGAGAGAAGUGCUUCAAGUGUGGUGUUCCCAAAUCAGAGGCAGAGCUGAAACUGCCCCAGCUCAGGGAGUUACCCCUGGGUGGGCAUCAGAAGGAUGGUGCCCAGGGCUUAUUGCCCCUCCCUGCCCUUUACCAGCCUGCUGCUGCCACCUCUACUGCCCUCACCAACGCUGUGGCAACUGACACACAACAGCCUGAGGUGGCCAACGACACUCUGAUCCUGAGGAACCUGGGUCCCCAUACCUCCCUGGAGUCCAUCCUGUCUACUCUGGCUCCCUUCGCUACUCUGUCGCCUUCUAAUGUUCGACUGAUCAAAGACAAACAGACACAACUCAACCGUGGCUUCGCUUUCCUACAGCUGUCUACUAUAGUGGAAGCGUCUCAGCUGCUCCAGAUCCUCCAGGCCUUACAGCCAGCUCUCUCUAUAAACGGGAAGGCCAUCUCUGUCGAGUUCGCGAAGGGGUCCAAACGUGAUGUCUUUCUGACUGAUGGCAGCAGAGUGAGUGCUGCUACAGCUGCCAGUACCGCCAUCGCUGCAGCACAGUGGUCUGUUACCCAGAAGGCCCAGUCCCUGUCCUCCACCUCCCGGCAUGGUGUGGAUGCGGGGUUGUACCACCAGGGGGCAGCAGUAACCCUGGGAGUCUGUGAAGAAGAGGAGAACCUGGACUACACAGUGGGGCCUGAGGGCCCGGACUACAAGGCCCAGACAGUGGUAACAGUGGUCUCGUCUGAGGGUGUGGUGUGUGGAGUGGACGGCGUACAGCUCUCUCCGCUCAUCACUACGGCAACCACACAGCAGGUAGAGAUAGUGGGUAAGCCUCAGCCUGCUACUCCCACCCAUCCUGCCACCCCUGGAACUGCACACGAGUACCAACAAUACCCGGUACCGGACGUGUCCACCUACCAGUAUGAGGAGAGUUCUGGACUCUACUACGACCCUCUAACUGGACUCUACUACGACGCCAAUUCACAGUACUACUAUAACAGGGUCACUCAGCAUUAUAUGUACUGGGACGGAGAGAAGCAGACAUAUAUUCCAGCUCCCGCCCAAUCAGCUGAGGCUGUCGUUGCCCCCGGUGAUGACCCCGCCCCUCCAACCCCCCUCGGAGGCAAGGAGAAGAAAGACAAGCCCAAAAACAAGACAGCACAACAGAUAGCGAAGAACAUGGAGCGUUGGGCUAGGAGUCAGAACAGACAGAAGGAGAACGUUCGCUCUCUCUCCUCUUCCUCCUCUUCCUCCUCCGUGACCCCUGUGACCUCUAUGGCUCUUUCCCCUGGUUACACCUGGGCUCCUGGACACGGUCGCCUUGACGACCGCAGAGAGUCCGCCAGCGCAGACGCCGGAUAUGCUGUCCUGGAGAAGAAGGGGGCGUUGUCUGAAAGAGCUCAGAGCAUCCUGGACCAGCUCAGACACACAGACAGAGAGCGCUCCCCUCCUCAGGUGCAGGGUUUGGUGCCGGCCUACAAUGGAGAGACGGACAGCGAGGGAGAGGAGGGAGGAGAGAAGGAUGAGAGGAUGACAGACUGGGCUAAACUAGCCUGUCUGCUGUGUAGGAGACAGUUCCCCAACAAGGAGGCUCUCAUACGACACCAACAGCUCUCUGAGCUACACAAGCAAAACCUGGAACAGAGGUCGUCUCAGCAGGAGGGGGGAGCGGGGGAGAGGAGGGACAAAGGAGGUCUCUCCACCGAACCACCAGACCCAAAGAAGAGGAAGUACAGUUCCCAUGAUGGUACGGCUGGAAGUAGUCUAGGUGCCAGGAUGCUGCAGGGAGGGGUGAAGAAUGGCCUGCUGCUACGUAACAUGCAAGUGGACUGACCCCUGACCUCUAGGCCCUGACUGUUAACCCGCUCCAGGGUGAAGUUUCCCCUCGGUCUGUACAGAUCUAGGAUCAUCUUCCACCUUCCCGAAUCCUAAUCUAUUUUUUUAUAUUUUUUGAAUAAAAACUUUUUACCCCUUUUUCGUGGUAUCCAUUUGGUAGUUAGUUUUGUCGCUGCAACUCCCCUACGGACUCGAGGAGAGAGAGAGAGAGAGAGAGAGAGAGAGGAGAAUGUCGAGAGCCGUGCGUCCUCCGAAAACACGACCCUGCAAAGCCGCACUGCUUCUUGACACAAUGCCCCACUUAACCCGGAAGCCAGCCGCACCAAUGUGUCGGAGGAAACACCGUACACCUGGCGACCGUGUCAGCGUGCACUGCGCCCGGUCCGCCACAGGAGUCGCUAGCACGCGAUGGGACAAGGACAUCCCUGCCGGCCAAACCCUCUCCUAACCCAGAUGACGCUGAGCCAAUUGUGCGCCGCCUCAUGGGUCUGCAACACAGCCUGGGAUCGAACCCAGGUCUGUAGUGACGCCUCUAGCACUGCAAUGCAGUGCCUUAGACCGUUGCACCACUCAGAAGGCCCCUGAAUCCUAAUCUUAACCAUUAGUGGCAAAAUCUAUAGACAGACAGACAGAUAGACACUCAAAUCUGAUCGCUGCACAGGAGGCCGAUUAUAUGACAUCAACGCUAUAGGAGAUCAAUAUGGACCUGACCAACAGCGGCACGCCACGGACGAUAGAGAAAGGAAAUUUUGAUUCACUAAAGAAAACCACUGGCAUAAACGAUUCUCAACAUGAGGUACUGAGAGUAUAUAUAUGAUAUUAUAAGCAAUUUUACAUUACAAUAGAAAUAGGCCUUUAAUCUGUUACAUUCACUGAUAACUUUGACUCUACGUUUGACCAUUUAAGAUAUUUGAUGUGAAAACAAGUCUGUGACUUGGCGAAUGGUGGUCCUUAAUAAGAGCAUUCGCCCGUGAUGUGGUUGGAAAAGGUUGGGAACCACUGGUCUAUACACCACCUAUGUUUGAUUGGAAAAGGUAUGUAAUGCUGUGAGAGUUUUAUAUUAAUUGUUAGCAAUUAAUACUUAACAAAUAGGAAGACAUUUCCGUUGUACUAGUGUCUGUGUUUUCAUGGGCUCCACUCUAAUUUCCUGCAGCUAAUCUGGGCGUAUGGCCACCCGAUGAUGGCUUGAGCUGACAAAAUGAGUUAAAUACUGCAUUACAGAGACAAGAAUGUGUUUUACUCUGAGAUAUCUUAGGAGUAGAACAAUCCCUCAUUGUCUCUAAAUCAUCCUUGCAACUGGGAAACUAAGCCAGGGUGGGGUUAAGACAACAACCCUGUGUAGAUAACGACAGGAUGAACCCAGAGUGGCUUAUGAUGCUCCUUGGCCUGCAUGGGAGGGGUGGAACCAGCCAUGACUAAGUAUUCUUAGUGUCAGCUAUAUGAAGAACUCUGCAUGUCUAAAAGUUAGGCUGCUCGGCCCAACAGUCAAUACUGUGGGGUUGACUAGUCUCAUUAUUGCAAUAACUAAUCAAUAUUAAAUAAAGAUGAUUGUUUGAAGAAAUGA